GGAUUUGACUAACGACAUUAAUAAUUUAGUUUCAAAUAUGUCCAUUCUAGUAUAAAUUAUCUCUACUACCUCACCUUAAUUGAACCAGAAACGAAACAGAAGAUGAAUAGCUCUUCAUUGCAAGCUCCUGUUGCUAAGAGGUUAGAGGGAAAGGUAGCUUUAAUAACAGGAGGAGCUUCAGGCAUCGGUGAAACUACUGCCAGACUAUUUGCCAAGCACGGUGCUAAGGUUGUGAUUGCCGAUAUCAAUUCCGAAUUGGGCCACUCCGUCGCUUCAAAAAUUCAGUCAGAGUUCGAACAACCAGUUACUUACGUCAACUGCGAUGUUUCGAACGAAACCGACGUUGAAAACGCAGUCAACACAGCCGUUUCGCUACAUGGAAAGCUCGACAUAAUGUUCAACAAUGCAGGAAUCGGCAGUUGGGACAACGAAAUAGCAUCAAUUGUACACGAAAGGUUCCGCCAGGUAAUGGACAUAAAUGUAUACGGCGGAUUCCUGGGCGCUAAACACGCGUCGAGAGUAAUGAUUCCGGAAAAGAAAGGGUGUAUCCUAUUCACCGCGAGCGGGGCGUCAAUAUUAGCUGGAACGCCGUAUGCUUACAUGGCGUCGAAAUGUGCCGUAGUGGGGCUAACAAAGAAUUUGGCGGUGGAAUUGGGGAAGUACGGUAUAAGAAGUAAUUGUAUUUCACCUGCCCUUGUACCGACUCCAUUGACAGCUUCAGGAAUGGGUCUGAAUUUUGAGGAAAUUCAGGCAUUAGGUUCGAGUAUGGCAUGUUUGAAAGAGGCGAAGUUAGAUGCUGGUGAUAUUGCUGAAGCUGCUUUGUUCCUUGCUAGUGAUGACUCUAAAUUUAUCAGUGGAAUGAAUCUUCUUGUUGAUGGAGCUGUAUGUCUGCCAAAGAUGUAAUUUUAUUGCAGGGAAUCUUUUGCAAAAUUGCAAGUUAGUUAUGUACCGAAAUAAAGGAAAGUUAAAUAAAUAUUUGAUUAUUGUUUUUGUUCC